UGAAAAGUUACCGCUCUUCAACCAAUAACAACCACAAACUUCCACAUGUGAAAGUUACAAACCCUCCACUUUGGUUCAGUUCGCUUCUUACUAUUCCUUCGCCAGCAACCUUAGAACAUUCAAACCAAUCUUUCGGCAGUAUUGCGCACUUCCAUACUUUGACUGGUCAACUCUAUCUCCGUGGAUGUCUCAUGCAGGGACGUCUGACAGCGUAGACUUGCCCAAGCCUUGGUAUUCUUAGUUGGCACCAACGAACUCAACAUAUUAUUUGCUACCUAGUAUACUUUAUCCUCGUUCACUGCACACGUUUCUCACCAUGUCUUGCACUUCGACUUUCGCCGCCUUUGGCUCUCACCAAGACCAGAACCCCGGUGCCCGAGGUUCCAGCACCGCAACCGAACAAAACGUCCCCCCGCGGCGGAGACGGCAUUCUUCCUUUAUGCCUCGGAGGAGACAUUCUUUAGUUCAGCAUAUCAUGGACGGGGAAGAAGGCCUGCUGCUUCGGGUCGAUCUGUUCCUCUCCGAGCUAGAGAGGAGGCUUGAAUACCUCGAAGGUUAUAGCGAGCUAAUCGACCUCGACUCGAGUAUAUCCAAAACCUUCGCCACUCUACAAACGGUGCGGGAACGAUGUUCGCAGGUCUCGGAAGAGGUCAUCGGUGCGGGCCGCCGGCGGUUGCAGGUCAUGGUCGAAACCUUGGACACUAGAUACCACGAGGCAUUGGGCGCGGCCGGAUCCAUGAAUGAGAAGGCCCGUGUGGGUGUUGAAAUACUCGAUACUAUGCUCACGGACUUCGAAACCCGAGCCUUGAAGUUCCGCGACAACGGAUUUGCGAAUGCGGCCGAUGCUGCCGGGAGUUUGAUAGGUGAGGGCCGACGAGUCGUGGACGAAGGACUAGAACGUGCUCGUGGUGUUGUUGACGACGGUCUCGGAAGAGCCUGGCGCGCUGCAGAAACGGUCGAAGAACACAUUCAAAGAGCCAUUGCCAGUGCAAGAGAGAAGGGUCUGAUUAAGUAUGAGGAGCUUCCCAUACCCUGGCGAGUCAAUCCUCAUAUCCUUGGCGGAUAUAGAUUCACCGAAUCUAAAAUCGGCUGCGUACGCUCCAUGUUCGGCGUCUCGAACGAGACUGUCAAUAUCUGGUCUCACGCACUUGGUUUGAUAAUAAUCCUGUCCAUCGCCUUUUACUUCUACCCGAUGUCCGCAAACUUCUCCCUCUACACAAAGACGGAUGUCUUCAUCGCUGCCGUUUUCUUUUUCGCGGCUUGCAAGUGCCUAGUCUGCAGUACUAUUUGGCACACCAUGAACUGCGUCGCAGAUCAAUGUCUUAUGGAACGAUUCGCAUGCAUCGACUACACUGGCAUCUCCUUGCUUAUCGCUGCAUCGAUUAUGACGACCGAGUAUACCGCCUUCUAUUGCGAACCCAUUAGCCGAUGGACGUACUUGACGGCGACGGCUGUAUUGGGCAUUGCUGGUACUAUCCUGCCGUGGCACCCGAAGUUUAAUGGCCAGGAUAUGGCAUGGUUAAGAGUAGGCUUUUUCGUGGGAUUAGGCGCUACCGGUUUUUUGCCAAUAUUCCAGAUCAUCCUCACCCGUGGUCCCGAAUGGGCGUAUGAGUUCUACGCCGGUUCGAAUUUACUCAAGUCCCUUUGCGUCUAUGUCGUUGGAGCUUGUGUUUACGCAAGCAAGGUUCCGGAACGGUGGUUCCCCGGAGCGUUUGAUUACUGUGGUAAUGCGCACAACCUAUGGCAUCUUGCCGUACUUGGCGGAAUCCUUUAUCAUUAUGUCGCUAUGCAAGAAUUUUUCUCCGGCGCCUUCCAGCGCGCGCAAGGGGGCUGCCCGACCUACUAAGCAGCAUCCUCGAACGAUUCCGGGGUAUGAUCUAUCUACAGUCGACCGCGCAAAAUCCUAUUGGAUAUGGGAUUACACAUUAUUAAUUC